ACCAUUAUACCUCUUCUAACGAAUACAAUUAGGAAACAAAAAGGAGAGUUUAACUUAAAACCAAAACAGACAACUGUUGUUUAUUGGGUUGGUAGGAUAUGCAUGGGGUUUGGUUGUUAGUUGGUACCCAUAGUUUAAUUCAACUAUGACAGCUUCUUGUAACUUUCUCAUAUUCUCCUUUGAAUUUUCUUGGUGUGCCCCAUACUGUGUUCCCAUGGCUGUGGAGUAAUAGUAAUAAUAUUAACCGCGGUAAAACAAUUUCACUGAUACUGAAAUGACUCUUUGGCUAUCUGAUUACACUAAUGAAGUAACCAGAUGAUCCGCUGUAACUGCAGGGAUAUAGGAAUAUUUACCGUCCUUUUACAGUAUUACAAGAUGAUCCGAAACAGAAGGAAAAAAAAGGGGAAAUGAUAUGGUUGCUCAAGAACACCAUUGAUUAGGCUGUACUAUCUGGUUUUCUUUUCCUCUCUGCUUUGCUCUUGACAGAACAGGAAGAACAGUGUAUAUAGACAACUGGGGAAGAUAGAACAAUUGAAGGCUCUUCACUUUGAUGAAUCAAAGAUUGUGUAUAUAUAUUUAUAUAUAUUUGUAGUAUCUAUCUUUUUCUUUUUAUCGAGCAGGGGAAGGAGUACUGAAGGACAAUCUCAUCCCGAGAAUCCCCUGUUUGUAAGGCAAGAAAGUCCUCUUCCUCAUGUCCUCCGACGCUGCUUUGUUCUUGGUGUAAUGCAGCUCAUGAGCCGAAACUGGUCCUUUCCUCCUCAACGACCCACCAUUCGAACCGUUGCUGUCCGUCGACCUGAUGCUGCAGCUCUUCACAUCGUCGUGCCUCCUGAACAACCCACCGAAAACCGCAUGCUUUCUGUAAGGAUCUCUAUCCGCAGCACGCCCUUCCGACGCGCUUCUGAACAGCAGCAGGUCGCGCAGUCUCCACUUCCUCGACGAACUCUUUCCAGUUGCAGCAACAGCAGAAGAAGAAACAGCCGCAGUUUGCUGCAGAUUGUGCUCUGGCUCUGGCUGUUUUUGUUGCUGUAGCUGUUGGAAUUGCCGCUCCUCUUCCUCCCAUGGAUACUGCGAAACCCUGUAAGGGGACAAGGAUCUCGCGGCCCCUCUCCGGCUCGAACUCGAGGCGACCUGGGGGACCUGGGGGAAUGAAUCAGCGGGCUUUUGAUCUCCUCCACCUGCAGCAACCUCGGCGGGAGCUUCAAAGGCCGGAUCUUGCCACCGUCGAACAGCUCGUCGGCAGCAGUAAGAGAGGACUCCUCCAGAUCGGCGCUGAAAUCGAAGGCGAAAUCCUCGUCCUUGAAGGAAGGCAGCUUCUUGGGGGGCGAUUUCGGCGUCCCUGGUUUCUCUUCCCAGUGGAAAGGGACGCCGCCGCCGUCGUACUCGGAGAAGUUCUCGAAGCUCCGGUAGAAAUCCGCCACCCGGCCCGGGCUCGUCGGGGCGCUGAGGGUGAGGUCGCCGAACCGGCGCGGGGAAGCCGGCGCGCUCAGGAAAGGCAGCGGCCUGGCGUCGUUGAAGUCGAAUCCUGCCAUCCCUCUGCCUGGUGAUGAAGGUGGAAUUUCGCGUGAUCAAUGCACCCUGACUUCAAGAAAACAGAAAAUGAUGUUACUCGGUUCACACAUUUUCAAACACUGUUCGAACGAGGGUGUUCGAUGCAUACAUCAAAGGAACUUGCUACUUUUACCUCUACUCCUAUGGAGAUUCCUUGAGAGCUCCACAACUGCUGACUACAACUAAACAGAGAAGCCUCGCUGGAGGGUCGCUGGUGCUACUGCUACUGCUACGGUUACUGUUCUAGAGAGAAAAGAUAAAUUUUGACGAGAUUUGUUGUGGUUUGAUUUGUCUGUCCCUCCUCCAGAGUCUUGCUGUGAGUUUUGUUGUGUCUUGUCUUCUAACCGCCUUCUUUCUCUUCCCAAAAAUCAGCUCCACGUAGCAUAUGGUAACUCCUUCGAGCGUCCUUUGCAAGUUAGGUGCUGCUUCUGGUAACCACAUCGACACGUUAUCAUGUCAC